AUGCGGGCGAGGGAUUUGCAUCCGCUGUGCUGCCUCCCCGCCGACGGAGGAUCCCCUCCGCCUCCACUUGCCCCUCCGCCGCCGUCCGUGGCCGGGCUGCUCUACAAGUGGACCAACAUCGGCAAGGGCUGGCGCCCGCGCUGGUUCGCCAUCCGCGGCGACGUCCUCACCUACUCCAAGAUCCCACGCCGCUCCUCCGCGUCCGCCGCCGCCGCCACCCGGAUCAUUGGGCCCGCCCAAUACGGCCAGGACCGCCCCGUGGGCCUCGUGCACCUCAAGAUCUCCUCAUUCCGUGAAAGCAAGUCAGAUGACAGGCGGUUCUACAUAAUUACUCCAACCAAGACACUGCAGCUGAGAACAGACUCUGCUAAUGAACGAGUGGCUUGGAUUGAAGCCCUAGUUUCUGCUCGAGAUGAAUCUUCUCCAGAUGGGGGCUUAUUGAGUAACCAGAAUGAUGCAUCAUUUUCUACAGAGAGGCUUAGAAAUCGCAUGCAUGAAGAAGGCCUUGGUGAGGAGAUAAUUAAAGACUGUGAAGAGAUUGUCCAUUCGGAAUUCUCACAGUAUCACACACAGAUGAAACAACGCUGUGAAGAAUAUGUAAGCUUUAUCAGCAGUCUUCCACAGCAGCUUGAGGUACUUAGUGCAGAUGAUAAUGCUAAUAUGAUUGAGCUCCACUCGCACUUGAUGAAACCUGAAUAUUCGAGCUCUGUACAGGGAAAAUGUAGUGAGAGCAGCAAUACAGAAUCUUCUGAUGAUGUUGGACAACAGGAGUUGGAUGAAAUUUUGGAUGAUGAUGACUAUCAUUUUUAUGAUACAAGGCAGAGUUUCAGCGAUUCAGCAGCAAUUUCUUGCUUGAAGAUGAAAGGUUCAAAUUCUGGCAAGGAUACCUUUCUAUAUGGUGAUAAAUUUGUGAAACCAAAAGCUGGUAUGGGUAACAGUGAAUGCCUGUCGCCGUUUUUCAAGCGUCGCACGAAGUUGCCUGAUCCAGUUGAGAAGGAAAAGGGUGUUAGUCUUUGGUCAAUGAUCAAGGAUAAUGUCGGAAGAGAUCUUACACGAGUAUGUCUGCCUGUUUACUUUAACGAACCAUUAUCAUCUCUUCAAAAAUGCUUUGAGGACUUGGAAUAUUCUUAUUUGUUGGAUCGUGCAUAUGAAUGUGGCCGAAAGGGGGACAGUUUGAUGAGAAUUCUUAACGUUGCUGCAUUUGCGGUUUCUGGGUAUGCUUCCUCGGAUGGGCGCCCCUGCAAACCUUUCAAUCCAUUGUUAGGGGAAACCUAUGAAGCUGAUUACCCUGAAAAUGAAAUCCGUUUCUUCUCUGAAAAGGUUAGUCAUCAUCCAAUGGUCAUGGCUUGCCAUUGUGAAGGAAACGGCUGGAAAUUUUGGGGCGACAGCAAUGUAAAGAGCAAGUUCUGGGGGCAAACAAUCCAGCUGGAUCCUGUUGGUGUGUUAACUCUAGAAUUUGAUGAUGGAGAAACUUUCCGAUGGAGUAAGGUUACAACAACAAUUAAUAACCUUAUCAUCGGUAGAGUUUAUUGUCAUCACCAUGGCACGAUGAAUAUAAGUGGGAACAGGGGAUAUUCAUGCAAGCUGAUAUUCAAACAACAAUCUUUCCUUGAGCGCAACCCUCGCCAGGUUCAAGGAUUCGUUAAGGAUGUUGAUGGUUCCAAGGUUGCGACCCUAAUGGGAAAGUGGGAUGAGAGCAUGUACUGCACCAUUUCUAACGAUGCACCCAGAGUAAACUGCAGUGCAUCAGGCCAGAAUACAGAUGCGACUCUUCUGUUGUGGGAGAAAAAUGAACCUUCAACUAAUCCUACUCGCUAUAACCUUUCAUCAUUCGCAAUAACUCUGAACGAGUUGACUCCAGAACUCAAGGAGAGACUUCCACCAACGGAUUCAAGACUCAGACCAGAUCAGCGACAUGUAGAGAACGGGGAGUAUGGUAAGGCCAAUGCUGAGAAGCUGCGACUGGAGACGAGGCAACGAAUGUCACGGACGAUGCAGGACAGUGGUUGGAAACCAAGAUGGUUCCGGAGGGAUGGCAGCGACGGGACAUUCCGCUAUGUGGGAGGUUACUGGGAGGCGAGAGAGCAGGGGAAAUGGGAUGGAUGUCAUGAUAUAUUUGGUGAAGUCUUCGACGGCAGCCGAAAGCAGCAGACAGAUCAUCACCUCUGA